GGCUGAUUGAGGAAGAGUCAAUUAGAGUCCGUGACAGACACCGAGGAUGUCUGGUCUGCGAAACCUGGGUCUGGCUGUAGCCAUGCUGGCUGCCUCUGGGGGUGCUGCCCUGCUCACCUGGAGCUACAUUACAACUAAAAGAAGGAAAGAGGAGCAGAAAGAAGAUGUUAUCAAAGAGGAGCAGAAAGAAGAGGUCGUUGCCAAAGAGGAGUAUCUUCCUGUAGAGAGUCAGGUGGCUGAGCGGUGCGUGUUACUGGCUGCAAGAGAGCAGCCUCAGAGAGAGCCUCAGACAAGGAAGCGGCAAGUGUUGGUUCUGGGUUUAGAUGGAUCUGGAAAGACCAGUAUUCUCAACUCCAUUGUAACCAACAGAGGGAACCACAGCACAGUACCAACGGAAGGAAUUCAUGCAGUGUGCAUAACCAAUGGCAAGUCCAAAAUGGAGUUCUUAGAAGUUGGGGGCAGUGAACAGUUACGCCCAUUUUGGGAAAGAUACCUUGAUAGAGCCUUUGCCCUUGUUUAUAUUGUGGACUCAACCGAUCACGGCCGUCUGCCGCUUGCUAAAAAGCAUCUUCAUCAGUUGAUUCAGCAUGAUUCUUCCCUUCCCUUGGUUGUCCUUGCUAAUAAACAGGACCUUGAAAAUGCAUAUCACAUCACUGAUAUCCAUGAUGCUCUUGCACUGUCUGAGAUAUGUGAGGAAAGGAAGCUGUUUUUAAUCGGCACCCAUGUGGCAACAGAUGGCUCUGAAUUACCUUCCAGUAUUGAAGACACACAGGAAUUUCUUGCACAGCUGCUUUUAGAAACCCACUGACGGAAACCAGAAUGGUUGCCCAUGAAAACAUGCCAAAUGUAUUCUUAAGAAUGAAACUCCACUCACACUAGGACCAACCCCUUUAUAUGUCACCCUGGAGCCUGACUAGUUACAUACAACACGAUGCACUGAUACUUCCUAGACAUGCCACUCUCUUAUGGGCAUGAAAGGGAAAAUAGGGGAAAUCCCUUCAGCAUAAAGCAAAACACUAUUAGAGGACUUUCAUAAUAGCACUUUAGAUACAUUAAAAUAGUUUUAGUUACCAAAGUUUUCUUGUUUUAUUGAACCUCACACAGAGAGCCCACAAGCCCACUGAGUAUUUGUUGUUUUUAUAUAACAAAAACAUGUGCCUUAGUCUUAGAAUGCUAAUAAGUUUAAAGUGGACCUGUCACCCAGACACACAAAUUUGUAUAAUAAAAGUCCUUUUCAAAUUAAACAUGAAAUCCAAUUUCUAUUUUUUUAUUAAAGCAUUUAUAGCUAUUGUAAGCUCAUUUAAAAAGCUGUCAAUCAAAUAUUGUCUACCACUCCUCUAUGCCAUGGGCAUAGAGGCGUAGCACACUAUUAUUUUCACUUUCCAUUCAGCACUUCCUAGAUGUCCCUGCUCUCCCAAUAUUUCCUCCUUCUUUUAACAAUUUAAUUGUGUAGUCAGGGCAUGGGGAUGAACAGCAGGUCCCUCAUUCUGGUGUACAAACAAGAUUCUGAGAUAAUACAAGGCUUGCCUUAAUAACAGUGUCCACAAAAUGGCUCCUGCCUGUUUGUUAUAAUUAUGAAUUCCCAGACUGAAGGAAACCAGAUUCAAAUAAUUUAUAUAGUGUAAUUAAGGUUCAUUUUGCUUGACUAAUGUGAUAAAAUAGGAUUUUGAAUAAUCUUUUUUUUGGUGACAGGUCCCCUUUAAAUGGAACUGGCAAUGGGACUAAAACAACAAUAAACGAACAAGUUUUGUAA